AUGAGACACAAAAUUAAAAAUACUCUGUGUAAAAAGUUGCAAUUUGCAACCAUAUCUCAACAACACAAAACUAAAGCUGUUUUGUGUACUAAAAAUAACAAUGCCAAAUCUCUUUAUCAAUUUUUAACAACUUCAUUUACUAAAUCUUUUAGUUCUAAUGAAGAUUAA